AUGACCCGAGGCGGCCGGACUUUUUUGUUCUGUCGGCGAGCCGCUGUUAUGUACAAGCAGCUCAACAUCAGAGAUGAAGUGCUGUUCCAAACCUUUGGGGCCAGAUUGGCUGAGAUUCUGGAGGUGUCGAGUGGGCCAUUGCGGCCGUUGCAGUCCGACCGGAGACUUGGGUCUGCGGCGGGGCAGGAUGCAUUGACGAGGCCAAGGAAACGAUCGAGCCGAGGUGAAGCAGAAGGCGCCGUGAUGGCCUAUCUCAGUGCAUGCGGCCGACUGAACAUACGACCUCAUCAGGCCCAUGAGUUCUUCAACCACGUUGGCCCUUCAGCUCGUGCUAGACACGAUGUUCCGCGGCUGGUCGCAUUGGCGCAGCUUGCUGCCAAGUUUGGCCUGGCUGACACAGGUGAAGCCAGCUGCAUUCUGGCGGUUGUGUGCACAGCCUUUGAAGGAGCCACCCCAAGCAGAGGCUAUGCAUCCCAAGCCAUUACCGGACAGCUGUUGCUGGCACUGAUUUUCGACGAAUCAGCCUGCAACACUCGAGACCGCGCUUUGGUUGCUGCCAUCAGUGCUGUGAAUUCUUCUUUCGGUUGUGCGCUCAACUCUCUGGACGAGCAGCUCGCACAGCAGUUGCAGGUCACGGAACUUGCAUGUCGGCUGGAAAGACCUGGCACCAUGCAGAUGCUGGAGAUCAGGGGCCUCAGUGGCUUUCUGGAAGGAGUGCGGCACUUGGAGCAAUCCUUCUUUGGACCGCUACCGAAGAGUUCUUCUCAGCAGCACCUUCAGGUUUCCGGCGCCCUGCAUGAACUGGGUGUGCAACAUCGUACCGAGGAGCGGCUGGAUCCAUACAUAGCGGAUGUGCGGCUAACUACAAAUCAAAGUCUCAUCGAAAUCGAUGGUCCUUUGCAUUUUGUUGGCAACAGCCAGCGCUAUGACAUGAAGAGCUCUUUGAAGCAUCGCUUGCUUACAAAGCAAGGGUGGCAAGUGCAUCACAUAGCAUGGAAUGAUUGGCCCGAGCACCAUCACAGCCGCAUGAGUUACGUGGCCAGGCUUCUCCGAAAGCCAGCGCCAGGGAGGCAUCUGCUGGAGUACGCGCCGCUGCAAUCAAGCACAUCUCAGGAGUAUGUCGCGCCAGAAUUGGUCGAAUAG